AGAAGUAAUAAUAAGUCCAUGUUAGCACCAGAACCAUCCGUGCUUUACCGAUAAUCGACCACUUAUCUGAUCUGAUUAAUUAGGUAUAAUUAGUCAAUUUUUAGAAAGGUUAGGGGUGCAAAAUGCAACUGAUUAAUAUUGUAAGGUUCCCGGUGUUAUUUUCACUAUAUUAGCUAAUGGCUUUCUGGAGACGACAACGGCAAUUAGCGGGAGACAAAGAGUCCGGCAUGGUGGUUGCCGAUGUCGCGCAGUAACUCUUCGCAGCUCAAUUCUUAAUCCGCUGUGGGUUUAUCAUCAACAUAAAGACUCUCGUUUCUUCCUUGAUUGGAGAUUCGGAGAUUUAACCAUCUAAAGUGGCUCACUGCUUGUCCAUUUCCCCUAUGGUGUGAUGACGUCAUGUAAAGUGGCUCAUUAGUGACUAAUGUAACUUCUGCAUGAUUCUAGUUUUAGUAGGGUGCUCAUCAUCUCUCCAAGCUGUGGUGACUACCUUGUUGAAAGAAUUUCAUGGCAGGCAAUGGUCUGCCAUCUUUGGGACGUGUCAAGCUCACUGAUCUCGUGCCUGCUGAAGGCCUUCCUUCUGAUUCUUAUAAGCAAUCAGUCUUGACUUUGUCACAAUCACUUGCGCAAUAUUCGGCUGCCAUCAUUCAGUUUUCAGCUAGUGAUGGGGCUCUUUUAAGAUCUGGUCUAGACUCUGCUCGCCUUUACUUCCAUCAGAGGGCAUCUUACCCAGUUGAAGAUAUGAUUAAUGGCAAUGAUUCUCGUGAGUGGUGCAAGACAUCUGGUUACUUUGCAAAUCCUCAGCUGUGGCAGGAAACCUAUGAUUAUAGACCAGGAGUGACGCCUAUGGAGCCCAACAAUACAUUGGAGUGCCCUCCUGCAGGUUUGCCUGAUAUAUUUCCCAUGCUUGGAAAGGCAGCUAGAGAUAUACUGGAUGCCAUAAGCUUCUAUUUAAAUUUACGCAGCUCUCCAUUUACUGAAAUACUUGAUAAUGUUCCCUUGAGGAGUCGGGAAGUAUCUGCCUCAGUACUUUCUGUCUGCUGUCAUGCAAGGCCAUCGUUCCAGGGAGCACAACACCAUAAUUUAACAACACAAGAGGAUGGUCAGCUCAGUAUGUAUCCUGACCAUGAGCAUCAAGCUGAUAAAGGUCUGAUAUAUCUUGUUAAGUCAGAUAGGCCAGGUUUGCAUGUGAGAGACUUCAAUGGUCAGUGGAUUCUCGUAGAUGGAGAUCUUGGUCCUCAAGAAGCUAUUGUUUUCCCCGGACUUGCACUCUAUCAAGCAACAGCAGGCUAUGUUAACCCUGCAUUGCACAGAACUGAGGUUAAUGAUAUGCCGACUAACAUUUAUGGGCGCUGCUCUCUGACUUUCAAACUUAUGCCUAAGUCUAUGACCCAUCUUAGUUGCUCAGAAAUGAGAGCAGCUGGUCAUGGUGUUGAAGCUCAAUUCCAGCUUCCGGUACCUGUGGAUGACUUCAUGCAGAGAUCUCACCCAACUGAUCAGCUCUUUAACAGGCAUAGUUUCCAGGGUUUCAAUUUCCCUACGGCACAAGAUGGAUCUGCGAGGCCCAUGAUCAGGAGGAGGAAGACUAUUUCAAAAUGUAAAUCUUUGCCACCUUCGAAGAGAUUGAGGCUAGAGGCUCAAAGGGUUCUUAAGGAGAGGGUUCAAGACAUUGCAGACAAGAAAGGCAUUAAGUUAAGGUUCUGUAACUUGAAGGAAUGUGAGAAUCACAUUCAUGCCCUAGAUAGUCCAUGUGCAAAUAUCAGAAUGGAGAUUGGGUGGCCAGCUGGAGUGCCGUUUGUUCAUCCUCAUGAUUUACCUAAUAAGGCAAAAAUUGGUUUUCUCGAAGCAUAUGAGCCUGGUUGGGCAGAAACUCAAGAAAUGGAUUUUACCGAACCCGGACAGACGGGUCAACACUCAGUUAGCUGAAUCAAUGGUCACCUUUGAGCAGCUUGUGAGUAGGUUUGUGGGAAAAGUCUCCUGGAUCUUGUGGUGAAACUCGAAUCAAUAGAUAGUGGGUAGGAAAUUCUGGGGGGAGAUUGUCUUCUUUUCUCAUCUGUUGUUUCGUCGCCAUUGUUGUCCGAGCAGAGUUCUGAACUCUUUUUGACUGGCAAAGGAAAUGGAAAGAGUGAUAGGGACCAUGUUGAUUUGAAUGCUCAAGAGGUGCUGGUUCAUGGCAGCUUGGUGCUGGCUCUAUGCUGCAAUCCUGGACUUAAAUACUGCUUCAUGAGAAGAGAAAUAGCAGUUUGAACGAAUAAUAGUAGAAUUACUUUUGGGGUUUCCUUUGUACAGAAGUAUGUGCAACUGCCCCUAAUUAUAGGCUGAUCGUUGUUGGUUGUGGCUAAUGUAUUGUUUAUGUAUGCUAAAUUCCAAUAAUUUAUUUUGAAGCGUUUCUCGUAA